AGUAGGUGCAGGUAGUCUUUCCAAAUAAUUGAAGUGUUUUGCAUUGAAGUUGAAUUAUCAAAACAGAAGGAUUCAAAAUUUGAGAAUUACCUUAUUGAUGCUCUUGAUUCUGACCUUAAUUAGUUGGAAGAGGAUUAAGAAAAGAGAAGAAAAUGGCUGGGACGAGUAACUUUACCAAGCGGGAAUUGUUUUAUGGAAGUGUGGAAGAUGAUAGAGAUCAGAACUAUUCUGUUCACACAAAGGGGAGAAAGAAACUUCUUGUUUUUGGUCUUGGAGGGUUGCUUUGCCAUAGAAUCUGCAGGAAAGACACAACUGAAGUUCCAAUAGUACAUCGUAGGCCCGAUGCUGUUUAUGGAAGCUACGCUGUGUACAAGAGGCCUUAUUGUGAAGAGUUCAUGAAAUUCUGUCUUUCAAGAUUUGAGGUGGGGAUAUGGUCAUCUGCAAGAGAAUGGUACUUGAACAGCGCCUUGGACUGUAUAAUGAGUGGGCUGAGAAGCAAGAUAUUAUUUGCUUGGGAUCAAAAUGAAUGUACUAAUACUGGAGUCAGCUGCUUGGAGAAGAAAGAAAAACCGAUAUUUUUGAAGGAAUUGAAGAAAGUGUGGGAUAGAAAUUGGUCUAGCUCUCUGCAGCACAGGGAUGAAUAUUCAGCAUCGAAUACGUUGCUAAUUGAUGAUAAGCCCUACAAAGCCCUGCUAAAUCCUCCUUACACCGCCAUAUUUCCUUCUGAAUACAAGGCGAACCAAGUUAAUGACAAUUCUUUAGGUCCAAAUGGCGAGCUGUGGCGCUACUUGGAAGGGCUGGCAGCGGCAGAUGAUGUCCCUUCAUAUGUUAAGGCACAUCCUUUUGGGCAGCCUGCAAUAACGCCAAUGCACUCAGAUUGGGAUUACUACUCCAAGAUUAUGGUCAAUAUUCAAGGGACAAGGUAGAACAGUUUUUUGGCUUUUGUUUGGUCUAAAUUUGGCAUAUAUUAUUCUAAGGAGAAAGAGCUGGAUCACAUUGACUAAUACCUCCUGAGAAAUGUGGUGUUAGAGAGUACCAUUAAUGAGAACUUUGCUCCGUUUACAAGGAUACAUUGUUUAUGAACCUAUAUAAACUUAAUCAUAUGCUUUAUGAAUUCCAACUUCUAGGAAGACCAUUGCUCCAGCA